UGCUUUGAAGAAGCUUCCAGGAAGCAGCUCAAACUUCUUGAAACCAGAUGAUCAAGUUUCAGGUUCCCUGGAACGAGUUCAUUCCAUUUUUUAUUCUCCACGAAUCAUAGACCACCUCAGAGAACCUGGCCUGAAUCAACUCGAAGGGAGCAUUGAAAGUGUUUUUUUUCAGAUUUCAAUGAGUCACUCCUAACUUUCAUGGUACCUUCGAAGGCAUUCAUCAUCAUCUCGUAGGAAGAAGCUUGGCUGGAGACCAUUCGUUUCACUUCUGCAGAUUUCCUAGAGACAACAAAACGCUUCGGAUAAACCAGGUCUGAUUAUCAAAUGAAUGGAGUUCAUUCAAGUUUCUGCAAACCAGGUCUUUUCAUUCACCAAAACUACUCAAUCGAGUCCAUUCAAGUUUCGGCAAACCAGGUCUUUUCAGUCUAGACAAAUCAUUUGGAAAGCUUUGUGAACUUAUGAAGGAACGUGAGUGCUCAAAUAAUCCUCAUAUUUUCUUUGCAAAAUGUGCCUGAGAUAACCAGUCUGAAAUGUCCCGCUAAAACAGUUGUAUAAAUCAGUAAAAAAAUAAAAUAAAAUCUAUUUGUCUUUGUAGGUGUGAUGUAAGACUUCUUAACCGGUGAUAUUUUUCGGGGGACCACUGAAGUUCAUGCAAUUUUGUAGGCUGUGAUAAUUAGUUAUGGGGAUGAUUUCUCCAGGGAUGGUUCUUACUAAUAUGACUAUCCAGUGUGAGACAUUGUGGGGCUAUAUGCGUACAUACAUAUAUAAAUUUUCUAACUUGGUGGAUCACGACAGCAGAUCGUUUUAUCUCUUUUCCACCAAGCAUGAAUAAUUAUAUAGUACGCAUUUUUCCAAUGUAUUUUGUACAGGGGGAUUGUGGGUGGGGUGAGGGAUUGGGGGUAGGGAUUGAAUGACGGGGAAAACGAGUAAUAAAACAAGGUAACGAGAAGUGAUAUCCAUGAAUCUACGUAGACCCACCAUUAAUACAGAACAGGACUUGGGAAACCCUUUGCAAUUGGGGCAUUCUGAAAAAUUCUUUCCAUUUUUGUGUAUUGUCUGGAAUCUGUAUUCCAUGCGGGCUUUAGGAGUGUCAUCUAGUUUUAGGAUUAGUGUGUGGCGACCUAGAAGACUUCCCUGCUCUUGACGGUUUCACACCUGACUGAAGAACAAACACGUCGCUUCCUUAGUUUUUCUAGACUGGAUGCGUGCAAGACAAGCAAUUACGACGUUUUGUACGUGUGCGUCUGAAAAUCUAGGGGAAGCUAUGCCAAUCUCAGUCCAAGGGCAGGAAGCCACAUUGUACAUAGACUGUUAGUGUUGAAGGAGAGCCGUAUUACCAAGCGCGCCUGUGACAAAGAUCCGGUGAAGAGAAUUCGAGAGUAAGUAGACGUUAAUAGUCAUUGUAACCUUUCAGUGAUGCGUACAGAUCCCACCCUCAAGAGAAGCGAUUUGCAUCGCACACGGACAAGGUAAAUUAACCCCUGAUACUGAAGUAAGUUUUGUCGCAUGAUUGGUCAAAGUCGAUUGACAUACAGAUGAAGUUCUGGGAGAAUGCAUCUGGAAAUGGGUUACACUGACCGCUAUCCAGCUAUGAGUCUUAGAGUAAGUUACUAACGCCCUCGAGUAGAGUAGUCUAACAACUGUUGAUCAGCGCCAGAAAUACUUUCAAAGUUCUUUCUAGUUUCUAUUUCAUUUCCAUUUCCACAAAACUAAAGAAUUAGGAUAAAUUUGGAAUCUCGCUGUACCUAUCUUUUCAAUUUACCUAAUUACGUAUCUCGUUAGAUGUGCGUAUUGAUCUGCACUAUUUUCCAACAUUUUAAGACUGGCGUUGACCAACUAACUCUAAGGUUGAACUUCAUCACUCAUCUGAUGAUCUCAUGUUCUGAGUCUCAUAAAUAUAGGAAUUUUGUCUGCAAACAUUCGCCUAGCCUCUGUCAAUGAAGAAAGGUUCGCUACUUAAGACUAUCAUGAGUAUCUCCAAAAGAACUGUUGAUCUCUACAAUAUGUGCACCGCGGUUACUGAUCGUUCUCUCUCCAUGAAAUUUCCAUACGCAAAGUUUUCAUGAAAGAAGGUCGCUGUAGUGUUUCUGGGACUGAAGCUAUCUUGAAAAUUAUAUAACUGGCUUCAGCGAAUCUAACCGGAGAUAUUUGAAAUUUGCGACAUAUUGUCUUGAAAGAGGAAGAGAGUAAAGCUUUCUUCAUUAAUUUUUCAAGUCCAAGGUAAAACUUGAAAGGAAUUUAGAAGACGACUAAUGUGUCCUUUCGGAAUUCCAUGAGAGAGAGACAGAGAGAGAACACCACAUGGAGGAGAUGAAAACAAACAAAAAAUCUCAUGCUUAUUUCUUUCGUGAGAAGAGGGCGGAGAAGGGAUAUCAUAUUGGAUUUUGUACUUUCGGUAAAUUUUGAUCUUUAAAUUCUUAUAAAUUUUGACUGAAAUUUGAUAAUUUAUGCAAUUUGUAUAAAUUUAGAUGAUGUAAUUCUAUAAAAUUUUGAACUGUAAUUCUAGAAAAUUUUGAUCGUGAACUUGUAGAUUUUGAUUUUGUAAAUUUAAUCCAUUUUCUGAUUUUUAAAAUUUCAAUAAAUUAUGAUUUGGAAAUUUAAAACCCUAUGGUAAUUUUGAUAAUUAUGACUUUUGACAAGUUAAAAAUUUUUGUUUGUGAUUCUAUUCAUAUUUAAUAUCGUAAUUUAUAGAGCUGACAUUUAAUCUAGAAAGUGGCGUCUUAGACGUUAAUCUCAUUUUUAUAAUCUGGCAUCAUUUCAGUACGGAGUGAAUUUGUGGAUUCAGGAUAUCAGAUUUUGUAUAUAGAACUGUAGUUUCCAUGAGAUGUUUUGCUUCAGAUUUGUAGAUUAUUCUCUAAAGACCGCCAAUUUUCGCAGCGCACAAAUUCACUCUGACCUUGAAAUAGAGGUUUAUGCUCUUAUAAAACAUUUUUGUCCUCUUUGUUAGAAUUUUUCGAUGUUGUUGUAAAACAAGAGCGAAACACCCCAACCCCUUCAAGCGUCGCAUAUCAUGACUGUUAUUGCAUUAAACAUUUUGUUUAGUAUUUUGUUUUAGUAUUUUAUCUCGUGUUUUGUAUCUAGGAGGUGUUAGUCACUAUCUGUAGUUAAUCUCCAAUGUACUUUGCAAUGAACAAAAUAUUCCUUUGCUUAUCUUUGUCAUUGUUUACUUUUAUAUCAAUGUUUACUUUUAUAUUGUUUACUAUUAUCAUGCUAGUUACUGUGAGUUACAUAUACUGUAUAUAUAAGGUUGAGCAGUGGUAGGCCAGAUCUUUCAGUUCUUAGGAAGUAAUGCCACUCUGAGAGAAACUCUGAGAGAAACUCUGAGAGAAACUCUGAGAGCAAACCUCGAAGACCAAGAGAAAGUGUUAUUGCAAUCCGCUCCUGAGUCAAUGUUACACACGGUUUUGCCUUCGACCGUCAAGACGCACCACAGUUUAACGUCCCAGGAUCCUACAGGUGUAAGCAUCGAAAAUAAGAUUUAUAGUCAGAACGCGUUGCCAUAUUUUCGUCACCGGAUUUUUCUGGAGGUAAUUUGAGUAACUCCCCAAGAGAGAAGUCCAGAUAAAGACCCUCCUCCAAAAUGUUCAGGCCAGCGGCAUCUGUCAAGAAGCAAUUCAAAAAACGUUUUUUUAAGAAGAGGCCUUUCAAGAAGCGCUCGUUCCCGCGCUUCUUGGCUCCGCGCUCCUACUUUUUGGAGCGGUCUUACGCUCUGGCCCGUAGGCUUCUGAGACUCUUCAGGAUGUACCUGGACGCCGAUAUUGACAUAGACGUUUGUCUGGACGUACCCGUCGGAGACUACGACUUGGUCUCCAUCUUCGUCUGCAUGCCCGUCACGGAUGACGAGUACGUGUGGCUCUUUGGCCACGCAGCCUCGGGGUCCUUCGAGGUCUUGCUGACCAUGUAAAAUUAUUGUCGUUCAAUGUGGGGCUAACUGACAUAACCGAUCAUUAUUUUGGCAAAAAGCAAAGAAAAAAAAGAAAUUCAAGUUCUUCUAUGCAAGAAGCAUGUGGCGUAUUUUACGACACCCAGAAGUGAGUUUCUUAGGCAGGUAUGGUAUAUCGUGACCUUUCAGUUUCGAUCAACUCUUCACUUCGUUUUUAUCUGAUAUCAUACUGCAGAUUUACUUUCAACUUGACGCAUUCAUUACUUAGUUAAAAUCUUGAGCGCGGAAUGUUUAUCGAAUGAAAUUUCAUGGAACUUAUAUGGUCAAAAUAUAUUGGCUGUGCAAUGCCAGCGGAAGGUAUAUUACCCAAUCUUCAAAAUUAAUAUUCACUUCAAACAAAAGCAAUUGAAAUACGGUGCACCAUGUUUACAUUCUGUUAACUAGAAUGUACCCAGCCAGUUACUAGUGUAAUGAUUAUCUAUUACAUUUUUCAAUGACGGUCAAACAUAAGAUAACGAAUUUGCUUUAAUUUUUCCGUGCAGUGUAAAUUUAUAGAAAAGCAUCAAUUGAUUUUGGAAACUUGCAUGUGAGAAAAACAACGUAUCGUAAUAAAGAUUAAAAGAUGCGCAUGAUGAGAUAUUUUCUUGGAGCGGAAUUAGUAUUUUUUGUAAUCGGUUAUUUCAUCUCCCCCAAUUGAGCGCAGCGUUGGUAUGUGGGCAUAUGUAUUCAUAUAUUCAUAUAUUCAUAUAUUCAUUUUUGUUGGGCAUUACAGCUAUAAAGCAAACGUGCAGUGAACAGGAUUGGUUGCUUUAAUACACUUGCAUGAUCAUAUUCUUAUACGUAUACUGUACUAAUAUGUAUUAACAUUUAUAUGUGUAUGUGUACAUUUUAACGUCAGAGAUUAUUUGAAGAUGUAGAAAAGUGCACAACUAUAGUAUUUAACCAAAGUUAACAAUAUUCUAGCAACUUGCAUACUUACAUAAACAUCUAAUCUAGUUUGCACCUCUUCUGUGGUAGAUCUGCAAUUAACCCUCAAUAUCCAUCAGCUUAAGUUAACUGGAUUGAUUUCAUUUUUGUAAUUUGGAGUUCAUUGAAUUUUUAUAAUUUGGAGUUGAAUCUCAUAAUAUGUGCCAAUUUGACUUUCAUAAUUUGGAGUUAAUUUUGUUUUUAUAACCUGGAGGUAACAUACUAAAUUGUGUAGCGAAAUAUUGGGGCUGAUUUAAUUUUCAUAAUUUGAUUUUUUCCCCGUAAAAUGGAAUGUAUUUAAUUUUCCGAACUAGAAGUUAAUUUGAUUUUGAUAAUUUCGAAUUUUUUAUAUUUGAUUUAAUUUAUUUUUAUUAGAGUUCAUUAAAUUUCAUCAUUUAUGUUUAUUUUAUUUGCAUAAAUUGGAGUUAUUUUAAUUUUCUUCCCAAUAAAAUGGAUUUAAUUUGAAGAACUAUGCACUUUGCCUUUCUCAAAGCUGCAUACAGCUUGAUACUGUAAUACUUAGGUCUUAAGUGUCUAUUGUCUAUGUUUAUGAGCAAUCUGUCUCUGAAUUACAAUUAUAGAUCUGUCGUGUAAUGUAAUACCACUA